CGCUGAAAAACUACUUUUUUGUAAGAUAAACUUUAGGUAAAACUAUCAUCAAUAUUAUUAAACCAUGGCAUCCAAAUUACCUAUUGAAUGUCUUAGAAGAAUUUUUGAAGAGCUUACCAAAAGUGAUCUAACCGUCGAUCCUUUUACUCAUAAUGAUGCAAUUGUUUAUUCAAAUCUAAAUUAUCUUUACUCGUGUGUCUUGGUAAAUCGAACCUGGUGCAAUACUGCAAUCCCUUUGCUCUGGAAAGAUCCUCUGCACUGGCUAUCUAUUAAAGACGAUGAUUUUAUAAAGCAAGUGGUUGUACCUUGGAAGGAUCAAUUGCGUUUCCACGUUCCAUUCACCUAUGCAAAGUCUGAAAAAUUACCAUUACUCAUUUCAACUUAUUUUGCAUGUUUGCCGGAAAAAAGUCGACGUAGUUUGAAAACCAACAAGGCUUUUAAAUUGCCGGAAGAUAUAAUUGAAACCACAACUUUUUAUGAUUAUCCGUUCUUUUUGAGAAGAUUGAACUUGCCUACAUUAGUAAACGCCGUUUCAAUGUGGACUCAACAACAUCAUUCAACUGAUGAACCAUUAGACGAGGAUACAGAAUCAGAGGAUGUUCUUUCAGCGGAUGUAUUAACAGAAAAGCUCAUAAAAUUGUUUAUGGAAAAAAGCACUAACCUGGAAUAUCUCAGUUAUAUUAAACUACCUGUUUCUUUACAUAAUGACGUUGGACACAUUAAGAUUAAUAUAGCAGGAUUCCCAGGCUCAAAAAUAGCCUUAGCAAAUAUCACGUCUUUUCACUUUAACGCAUGUGCUAUCAAGAAACCUGAAAAUUACUAUGUGAGUCUAUCACGUAUAUGUCAUUCUAUUAGAAAUUUAGAAAUUCGAUGUCUUUGUAAUGAUAGCAAAGGAUUGGCUGCACUUAUAGGGUCACAACGGGGACUGGUAAAGCUUUUGAUCCAUGGAGCGAAUUAUUAUUAUGGAAUCCACAAUGGUUACAUUCCAAAAUAUAGCUACCGAUAUAUUACUAAAGCAUUAUAUAAUAAAGUUAGUGAUCUCACUUAUUUAAAUUUUCAAUGUAAUGGGAUUCCACUGGAAACAUUUGCGUCUUGUACAAAAUUAGAACAAUUAAUAUUACAUGCUAAUUAUUACCAAAAUGCCGAUAAAUUCAUCAAGUCAGAUUUUUCACAUUUAAAAUCAUUACUCAUUAAAGAUGGUUCAUUUUUGAUAAAUCAUCAAACCAACAUUAUUCAAAAUUCUGGUGGUUAUAUAUCAGAAAUUGUAAAUUCUAUGAAUGAACCGAGAGAUCCGGAUAACCUAACAAAAUUUUAUGAAACAGUUAUUGACUUCUGCCCUAGAUUAACUAUUUUGGAGUAUUACAUAUGCAAGGAUCAAAUUUCAUUAAUACCUAUCUUGUUCAACAAGUGUAACCAACUUCGAAAAUUAGCUUUACACUCUACAGAUAUGCAAACCGAAACCGUUGAAAUUAACGAUGUUUUGUCAAAAAUGGGAGAGGAAAUUCCCGAGCAAUUACGGAUGAUUGAAAUUCCAUGGCAUUUUAAAUUUUCUGCUGACUCUUUGGAAUCCUUUUUAAAAGGUUGUCAAAGAAGACUGAAAGAACCAUUGCAAUUUGAGCCUUCUAUUUCCACGGAUGAACAAAAAGAAAUAUUGGAUCGAUAUAUCGACAUUGGCGUGUUGAAGAAAAACUUGAAUUUCUUUUAUUUAAAUUAAAAUUUAUUUAGAUAUG